AUGGCGAGCAAAGAAGCGACAGUGUACAUCGUCGAUGUCGGCCGUACUAUGGGCGAGCGGAAGCAAGGCCGCACACAAACCAACUUGGACUGGGCCCUGGAGUACGUGUGGGACAAGAUCACAUCGACAGUGGCGAAUGGACGGAAGACUGCCAAUAUCGGCGUGAUUGGACUGCGAACCGAUGAGACGAAGAACCCGCAGGAAGACGAGGAAGAUUACGAACAUAUUAAAGUGUGCCAGGAACUGAAUCAAAUGCUAAUGCCGGAUGUCCGCCGACUACGCAACGACCUGGUUGUCAACAAGACGAGUACUGGAGACGCCAUAUCUGCACUGAUCGUCGCCAUUCAGAUGAUCUCAGAGAAGUGCAAGAAAUUGCAGUAUGUCCGGAAGAUUAUCCUAAUCACUGAUGCGCGGGCACCUAUGCAAACAGAGGAUCUUUCGCAGAUUACCAAGAAGCUCAAGGAGGACAGCAUCGAGCUUGUGAUCCUUGGUGUUGAUUUUGAUGAUGCAGACUAUGGCUUCAAGGAAGAAUCGAAGCCAGCUGAAAAGGAGGAGCACGAAGAGAUACUUCGUACGCUGUGCGCGGACUGCGAUGGAGUCUUCGGAACACUUGCGCAAGCCGUCGACGAACUUCAACUCCCUCGAACAAAAGCAGUCAAACCGACACCCACAUUCAAGGGUCUGCUUACACUGGGCAAUCCGGAGCUGUUCGAAGACUCUAUGACGAUUGACGUGGAGCGAUAUGCGAAGACGAUGAAAGCUUCGCCACCCUCAGCAAGCUCAUUCGCAGUGCGUGAUGGUGUUAGUGAAGUGACGCAAAGCUCCGCGACUCUGUCAAAUGGCGAGGCAGGUGGGCAAGACGGCGACGGCCUCUCCAACAUUCAACGUACGUACACGUAUCAAGUGGAUGACGAGAACUCCGCCGGCAACAAGCGAGAUCUGCAGCGCGAUGAAUUGUCGAAAGGCUACGAGUAUGGGAGGACAGCGGUCCACAUCUCUGAGAGUGACCAGAAUGUUGUCAGAUUCGAGACGUCACCGGGACUUGACAUUAUCGGCUUCGUCGACAAGAGCAAAUACCAACGAUAUCUCGAAAUGAGCCGAGCGAAUGUCAUUGUCUCGCAGAAACACAACGACAAGGCUUCGAUGGCUCUCUCCUCGCUGAUCCAUGCACUUUACGAAUUGGACUCGUACGCUGCUGCACGGCUUGUGCCUAAGGAGAACAACCAGCCAAAGAUCGUCGUACUGGCACCAAACAUCGAACCUGACUUUGAGUGUCUGUAUGAGAUCGAGCUACCCUUCGCUGAGGACAUCCGAAAUUACAAGUUCCCUCCACUGGACCGAGUCUUGACAGUCAGUGGUAAGGAGCUGAAAGUACACCGAAACUUGCCCAACGAUGAGCUACAGGAUGCCAUGAGCGCCUAUGUUGACAGCAUGGACCUUUCGACGCUCGGAAAAGACGACGAAGGAGAGGAAGCAGAAUAUGCUCCAAUGGACGAGACAUACAAUCCUACACUACAUCGUCUGCAGCAAGUGAUCAAGCACCGCGCCGUUUUCCCAGGCGCAGAGCCUCCAGCAGUGUUCGACAUCUUGACAAAAUACUCGAAGCCACCAGAUGAGCUGGUUGAGCAAGCCCAGUCAGAACUGGACAGAGUCAUCAAGGCUGGAGAGGUGAAGAAAGUGCCGCCCAAGGCAAGAGGCAAGCGGUGGAGCAGGAAGGAGGCGCCAAAGCCACUUUCAGAUCUGGACGUCGCAGCACUGUUGGCUCAAGAUCCCAAGCGAAAGACCAAGCGCAUUGAUCCGAAGAACGCUAUCCCAGAAUUCAUUCAGCUGCUUGCCUCGGACGACACUGUGAGGCUGGAAGACAUGCACGACGCUUGCAAGCAGCUGAAGUUCAUCAUCUUUGACUGGAUCAAGCACUCAAUGGGGAAUACCGGAUACGAUCGUGCUGUUGAGGGUAUACGUGUGAUGCGAGAGCAGAUGAACGAGUACGAGGAGCCUGCUCCAUACAACGACUUCAUGAGAGAGCUGAAGAAGAAGGUCCUUGGAGGUGAAUUGGGCGGUGACCGUUCGGAAAUGUGGUAUCGUGUGCGGGUGAAUAAGAUGUACCUGAUCUCCAAAGCGGAGUGUUCGGCGAGCGAUGUCAGUGAGGAGGAUGCGAAGACUUUCUUGCGGCCAGGAUGA